AGCUUCCGCCCAUCAGUUUGAAGUUACAAACAUUAUCAUGGCGUCGGUGACUUUUCGCGACUGUUUUCUCUGUGUUUCAGCUUUGAUAAACUUCAUAUUUGUCUUCGUGACCGGUGCAGACUUUGUUCGCUUCGUAUCGUUUCGUGCCAUCUAUCACAACCUGAGCGGGGACGCGCAUCUGUGUCGAGAGUCAAGUUCUUGGUCUGUGGCUCUGCGGGAUGGUGUAGUGUUAAAGUCUGUCGCUGUGGAUAUUUUGCUCCUGGUUCUCUUCAGCGUUCAGCACAGUCUGUUGGCAUGGGCUCCUGUUAAGAGAGCUUGUCAGAAUGUUUUGGGUGUUUUAUCCAGGACUGUGUACUGCUUCACCACUGCCACAGUACUGCAGAUAUUGAUGCGCUGUUGGCAGCCAGUAACCAGUGCCCCUUGUCUGUGGUCAGUGCAAAGUGCACCGUGGGACAUCUGGUUCCCCCUCAUUUGUUUUAUCUUACACUUCCUGUGCUGGGCCAUAAUCUGCAGUAUCCUGCUCAUAUUCGACUAUCCUGAAUUAUUAGGCAUCAAACAGGUGUAUUAUGAUAUUUUGGGUCUAGGUGACCCGCUGUCUCUUAAGUCUCCUCGCGCCCAGCGGCUUUUCUCUCACCUGAGGCAUCCGGUCUGCGUGGAGCUGCUCAUGGUUCUUUGGGUUCUUCCCACCUUUCCGUUGGACCGGCUCUUGCUGGCUGUUUACCUGUCCGUUUACCUGGUGCUCGCGCACUCUCUGGACACUCAAGAUUGCACGUAUCUCAACCGACAGCUCCAGACCAAGCUGCAACUCUUCUCUUCACCACUAGUGGGCAGUCAAACCAAUAAUAACAUCCAGAAGCAAGACUGAGUAAACAAGAGAAGUUUAUUAGAAAUAAUGUUAUUAGAUUACUGGAAGAGAUUUUCAUGUUUUGUUUUACAACAUAAAUUACACAAAAGGCGAAUUCCAAUAGAAAGUGAACAUCCCUAUGCCCUACUCACUCUGAAGGACAGAGCUCUGGAUGUGGGCACUUUGAAGGGAGCAUGGCAUUACUAUAUGAAUGUACCCUUCACUAACCACAAGGAUGUUCGUUUUCAUGCUAGACAAAUCGGUAAGCCAUUGUAGUCCUUGUGUAGCAACUUGUUAGCAACUUACGUUUAAAAGGGUCAUGAAGUAUUUUAGUAAUAUAUGAUAAUUUUCCACCCCGUUUUUGGCCCUCUGUCUGAAACGCUCGGUUUUGGCCUAAGCACCUCCUUAAAACUUCAAUGUAAACGCCCACUGUUCUGAUUGGCUAACAUCAUGCAGCCCCAUAAAUUUAGCAAACUCAAUCGGAAGAAAAUGAACCUCAACAUUAUAAAACAAAAUUUCAGGGUUUACACAUAACGCACAUCCAACAGAUUGCAUCUGAAUAUAUUGAACUGUUCAUCUCAAGCACAACUGUUAACAAAGGGCACCAUAAACUAUCAAACAGUCAUGACAUUUGAAAUAUUCAUGAAAGAAACACUUUACUUGUUUUUAACUGCGCUGUCCUUCAAUAACAAUUCCUUUGCAAAGCUUGAAUCGUAUUAUGUCUGUUCACAAGCAAUCCAAACGAACACAUCAUUGUCCAAAGAACAGUGAAAUGACGCACAAACGCACUGAGGUGCACAUUGGCGGAAAGACACCGAAACGGUCAAAGACGUCCAUCGUACAUGACGUCCAUCGUCAAAGACGUCCUAUGUUUACAUACACCAACUAUUAAAAAUGGUGCUGAUGGGUGAAAGAACGUGUCCAUGACAGCAGCAGCUGAAUGACAGAAUUGCUUCUCCCUUUCAGAGUUGUAACUUGACAUCGCAUCUUUUAAAACCGGCGAGGUGCAUGGCAGCGGUCAAAGUGUAGUUCAUGUUCAUAUACAAAAUUAUUAAAAAUAGACCAGAUGGGUCCCUCUUUGGUGUUAUGUUAGGAAUAGUUAGCCACACAAGGCCUGCUCUCUUGACUUGAACUGUGCACCUGUGGGCGGGGCCAAGGGUGCGAUGACGCAUGUUGUGGGAUGUGUAAAUACAAAUAAGCAAUGUUUCGUGACGUCACGAACAGACAGAUUUCAAAAUGAGACGUUUCAGCAGGGUGGCCACUAUAAUUGCUCUUUUUAGACUGGGGAACAUGUUUUGAGUUCUGAAAUUUACAGUAUGUUUUUAUAGUACAGUUACCUCUUAUAUGUCAAGGAAAAUUUAAUUCUCCAUUUCAUGACCCCUUUAAGGUAUGACGGUGUAAUUUAUGUUUAGGAACAAAAAAAUGAAAGUUUCUUUUAAGUAAUUUUAAUUACAAACCUUUUACUCAGAAAUUGAAAACCACUUUUCUAAAAAUCCAUUCGAGGUUCUCGAGCAACCCUUUGUAAAUUAAGCCUAAAGAAGAUCAAAACUAAUGAAAGAAGGAGACCAUUUCUUGCUAAAAUAAUUGCAUACUUUAAGGGCUGCACAUGCAAAAAAAAAAUGCUUCAUUUUUUCCUAUUUGUACAAGUUUAACUCAGGGACUAAUUAUUACGUUGGCAUGCUCUGGGCACGGAUACCUCGCACCAUGCCUAUGUAACUGGUCCUGCUUGACCCGCUCCGAGUGGGAUUCGAACCGGCGUCAGCUGGCAUGGGAGACGGGUGCACUAACGAGGUGGCUAAAGGCUAUGGCCUGUAGCGUCAGUCACUAGUGUGCCUCUUGAAGCCAGGGGAGUGAAGUUUACAUACCGAACAGCUAUCACGAACCAGCUGGCUCCUGUUACACAUACACAUUGGGACACGUCCUCAUUUCAAGUGUAUAUUAAAUGUCACAAAACCAACCAGCAUAUUUUCUAAAAGCACUCUUAAUUACACAAAUAUUUGAAUUAUAAUUUGCCAAGUAAUACAACAACUGCCAAAGCAAUCAUGUGACAAAGUGUUCGACAUUGUCUGAAAGAAUAACUAGUUGUAAAAUUAAAAACAUAAAACACUGUUCUAGUAAAUAUGAAAAGCGUCUGCAGCUCAUCAGUGCCCCCUGCUGGUUUGGGGCCUUGUGCAUAUGUCUGGCAGGUGCCAUUCUGUUAAAGCAAAAUAGUUAGGUUUUAUCUUUUUAAUUGUUUAUUUUCAUAAGAUCUAUCAUGUAUUGUUAGUGUGCUGAAGAAGAGCUGAUGCAUUUUGGCCACAGGUGAGGAGCACAGGUAAAAGGUCAUGAGAUUAAUCGCUCUAGCAACUGUUUAGCCCUGACCUUACUCAUUAAGAAAGGGCAAAACACACGCAUACAUGCUACAUGCACACGCAUGCCACAAACAAACCAAUGAGCUGUCAGUUUAAUACAAAUAAAAAAAUGAAAGAUUGGAGGGUUUUUAUUUUAUUGGCAGCAUAAUGCUUUAUGAUUUUAUUAUAAGGAUAGUUUAAUUUUCCUUUAAGUAGAAAUAUAUGAAUAAAUAAAAUGCAUUUCUUUCGUGGAACACAAAAAGAGAUGAAUGUUAGUCACUGUUCACUUUCAUUGUAUAGUGAACAUUCUGCCUAAACAUCUAAUUUUGUGUUCCACUGAAGAAAAAAAGGCAUGCAGCUUUGGAACAACAUAAGGGUGAGUAAAUGAUGACAUAUUUUUUUUUUUUUUAUCUAUGAAGCGGGUUUACUUGCUUGGGGUACUAAACCAAAAUCCAGUAAGUGCCAAUAACAUAAAUGCCAGUGCUUUUAGCAUCACAUGAGAGGUCAGCAACUAUAUGCAGCACAUUUCUGUAAAUGGGGUAUAUGCGUGUUACAUAUUUAGGUAAGUCUGGGUGACAAACAUCCUGUGCACUUCAUUAUGUGUCAUAACACUGGAAAACAUGCAUUUCAUUUUGUAUUUGAACUUGUAUAUCGACAUUGGUCAGUAAAAUUGAAUUUUUUUUUUAAAGAGUUGUAAAGAAACAGUUAAAUAAUUGCACUGUUAUUAGAGCGAUUACAUUUUUUUUCUGUAUCAUGUUGUGUAUUUUAAGAGUUUGUCACGCCAUCUCUGCCUUUUAAAAAGCCACUAGUAUCACAUUGUAAAUGUUAAUUAAAUAAAAUACUGAGACAUUUUAAAUGUAUGUAUUGUUGUUUUAAAUUUUUUUUAAAUGUAUUUUCCAGCAAGUAGUUGAUAAAUAACGUCUAUGAAUGUUUUAUUUUAUUAAAAUAAAAAAUGUUACAUUUUAUGUAUAAGGAAAAAAAAUAUAUGUUUAAGCAUC